CUGUCSAUCACAUGGCAUUACGCACAGUUCCGCUUAUUUCCUAGAAGAACAAACAGUAUGAGGAAGCGUUCGUAUGAAAGCAUAUAAAUCUUAUAGUAAAGGUAUCUUGGUUUCUCUUCAAUCAAAAAUGUUCAUUCUUCCAGCGUUAAGAGUCGCUCUCAUAGCGAUAUUUUUUACCGAUGCCGUGAAAAGCUUUCCCGAGGUCGAGUAUUGUCUACAACAAAGUCCAAGUCUGUCAGGAGAAAACGGAUCUUCAAGCAUSUCUUUUACAAUUGAAGGCAACCUUUCCAAGGAAUUUGGCCAUUCUAUUGCUUGUCAGAUCAAGAAUGAUGCGAAUGCAUCGUUCUUAUACAUCAAUGGGUACAAAAACUCGACAGGAUCUCUCCAAGUGACAGUAUUCAAUUCUGAGAUGGCACAGACUAUAGCACGUUUGGAAGUGACUAGGGACGACAAUAGUAGYCACUCCCUCGUCUGCCUGGACACUACUAGCCAACAAGGCAAAGGAAACAAGUAUGUGGUGAUUUCAGGCACACCAAAGUUGGAAUUCAAAGUGAAAAUACAGUUCAUAACCAAUGAAUUGGUGAUUAAUAAGACCGGGGCAAGCUUUCGAGGGCCAAAAAUAUUUCAGUUUUGGCCAGGAAAGCAAAAGCAAAGCUCAAGAAGGGAGGCACAACUCGACAUAACUGUUCAAUCAGAUACUCUUACCAAAGGAAUCUUGACUGUCUCUCAUUACUGUAGCCAAACAGAGAAGCUUGGCAAAAAURUAAUCGACUACUCAAAGCCGUCAAUAUUUUUAACGUUUUCCAAAAGAGGCAGAAUCACGCUCUCCCGAGUUUCAUCGCCAAACUUUAAUCGCAAAGUUGAAGAACCAUAUUUUAUAAGUGUCUUACCAACCCCGGAUACAAACUUUGCCACAUACGACAAGCUUGUUAAUAUCAAGUUAGAAUACUCAUUCGACUAUGAUUACUCGCGACCCAUUUGUUUCAUUAUAUUCGUCUCGUUUUUCGGAGGCRUAUUUAUUUCGUUUUGGGCACUGAAAUGUUUUAAGGAGCCCUUGGUGUUGGUAAGUUUGAAUACUUCUAAGUCUUCUCUCGGUAACGUAAGCACUAGUGGAAACGGAGCGUCAGUGAGUUUUAAGAGCCGCAAGUUUUUUGAUUGCUGCGGCGGAGAGUCUGAAGACAACGAACUAAGGCCUCUCCUACACCCCGAGGCAGAUAUCCCAAGUACGUACAAGCAGCUCUUAAGAGCAAUGCUGACGGUUAUGAGAUACCAUUGGGUGGGGAAGGGAAGAAAGACAUUUUCCUACAUCACUUGCAUCGUUGGGUUCGUUCUCAUUGUUGGUGCUUUUCAGUUCGUCUACGUGAACUGGUCCUUGAUGGUUGACAGUGGCGACAGAGACAAAUGCUUCUAUAAUGAUUGGUGCUACCGUGUUGGUGUCAAUGACAUUCCAUUUAACCUAAUGAUCAGUAAUCUAUCCUACAUKAUUCAUGGUAUUAUCCUUGCUUGGUCGAUUUGGGUCAUGGAGGCUGAACUUUACAUCCAGGCACGAAGGAAAGCACUGGUUGAGUACAGGAAGCCUUMCAAAAAACCAGACGAAGGGGAGCAGUUACCUCGACAUACCCUGAUAUGCUCCAACCUUCACGUCCACCUCCCCGAGUUGUCAGUUCCUGAAUUCAACUGUGACGAGGAAAAGACCCUUAAGAUUUUYACUCGAGCGUACAAGAAGAAAUACAGCUUCUCAAUCGGUUACGCGUUCGCUUGGGCCUUGAUAUUCGAAGGUCUGUUUUCUCUGACCUAUCAUCUCUGCCCUUCGAGACUAACUUUCCAGUUUGAUAGUGCGUUCAUGUUUGUCAUCGCUGGAUUGAUUGUCGUUUCGUUGUUCAAUGGGUUGUCAGUGAAGGAGUGCCAGAAAGAGGUGGGAAACCCAAGGCCAGUUGAAGACACCACGUUCUUUCUUUUCAUCAUAGUGCCUCUUUACAUUCUGAACUAUCUUGGCUCAUUAUAUAACAAGUAUGGAAAUGGAAAGAACUUGCGCAUCUCCGUGUACGUGAUCUUUUGUGUCGCCAUGGUUCUUUGGUAUGUCAUGACGUUCCUCUGGUCUUGCAACAAGCUUUUCCACAGCUCCAUCAAGAAUGGUUUCCACACGUUUGAAAGCAAAGUCAAGGUUGUUUUAUUCGUCCUUACAGUUGUCACCAAUUGUGUCAUCCUUCCGUCUUUCCUAAACCGAGAUAUYUCUAACCUCUUGCUGUUCAGUACUAUUGUUGCUGCUUUGGCUAGUAGCAUAGGGAAAGUCACAAUCAACGCUUACAAGGCAACAACAGGAACAGUGUAUAAGAUGUCUUUCAGUACUAUCGCUCUAAGGAUCUUCCAAGGUUCCUAUAUCAUCGGUGCGAUCGUCAUUAUGUCAGCUGCCAUUUAUUUGUUCSAGGGUAUCCCAACCUCACAGAAAACUGACCCUCCUGACGUCUCAAGAAACCUGAACAAAGAAUGUUUGUUGCUGCACUUUUAUGAUGCUCAUGAUGUGUGGCACAUGUUGUCUUCAUUUGGAUUGCUUAUGGGGGCUUUCCUUGUCAUGUACAUUAGUGAAUAAUCUCUGAAGAUGAGAUGAUUUUUUACAAAUUUAGGACGUUCAAUGGCAAACGAUCCCAUCGUCAUAUUUUUUUAACAAUUUCGCACGAUGAAAGAACAUACUAGAAGUAAAAUAAGCAAAUAAAAAAUGGGGGUCCCCGACUUCGUUUAGCCGUCAGGACACAUGGAAAUUCACCCUUUCACCCCACGCGAAUAAAGUAAACAUGAAAAGCUGUCAAAAAUAAGUCAUAUUUCAUUGAAAAAACAAAUUGGUCGUCCCCAUUUUACACAGAAGACUAAAAAAUAACCAAAUAACUAGUUAGCAUUUAAAAUUUGUGUUAAAAAUUAGAAAUAUAUAAUGUUAUUGUGCURUAAGUGUGGACUUGAAACCUUCAAGUUACGUGAAAUUCUAUUGCAAUCGUACAAAAUAUAUGCAAUUUCGAUUUGAUCCCAUUGUCAGGUUUUUAAGGCCUAGGGCAAACGUCGAACUCUCCAUGCACCGAACUUAAUUACAUCAAAGAAUGCCGCCUCAUUAUCACCUGAUAUCCAUUGUUUUUUAUGAGUUCGGUGCAUGGAAAGUUCGACGUUUGCCCUAGGCCUAAGAUUCUUUCUCUAAAGUUCAGUAUUGCCGAGUACUUUCAAAAAACAAAAUAAAAAAUGGGGUGGCCGACUUCGUUUUAGAGCUAUAACAGAUUAAGGACGUUUUUAUAAUAUUUUGCUUACGCCAUCACGAUGAGCGCUCGCUCACUAAAUUCAUGCGCAGAAAGGAUGCGCGCGAACAAUGACCAUGAACGUCCAUAAAACUAAACUUGUUUUUGUGAAGUUUGCUUUAUGAUUUCAAGCUGCCUUGCCAAUGCAUGUCAAUCUUAUGUUGCUUUGCUUUAAAAUUAAGUUACUGAAAAAAAGGACUCUCCCAUGGCGAAGGGAAUAAUUAGGCUUCUUGGGGGUUGGGUGAAGGGAGGAGAGCAGGGAGGAGAGAAGACCGACAAGACUGUAGUCCGGAGACAUAUGAAAGUGAACUAAAAAGACGUCAAUUUCUAUCACUGGGAUUUUAUUGGAAUUAAGACUUUACAGGUUUUGAGAUUUAACAAUCUUUUUAUUUGGCAUGGAUUUAAACUAAUACUUCAAGGUGUAAUAUCCCUGUUGGAAAAGAUAAAGACAUUAUAUGUUAAA